UCUCUCUCUCUCUCAUGGAUAGUGAAGCUCAGACCCUUUCAUCUUCUCUCACGUGUGAAUUGAACAUCAUACGUGCUAAAAAUGUUGAAUUCAUAUCGCCCGGGACACUCUUCGUUAGAUACUACCUCGUGGGCAAAGCUGGCGAAAGAAUCCGUCUAAACAGUCAAGAAAUCUCGUCCACAAGCGAUCCGUACUGGAACAAUCACAUCUCGUUGGAGUGUUCCGGAGCAGCAGACCCCAUAAAGGAACUUAGCCAGCAGACCGUGGUGUUUGAGCUUCGGUGGAGGAGCACAACACCGAUCAUUGGUAGAAUUGUGGGGUCCAAGCUCUUAGGUAGGGCUGAGAUCUCAUGGAGAGACGUGUUGGGAUCGACGGACAUGUCCAUGGAGAAGUGGGCCACGCUUUCCACACCAGGUAACAUGAUUGUCGGUCUCGAGCCACCGGCUCUUCAGCUGGGAAUGAAAGUAAGAGCAUCAAAGAAGGUAGGUAAGGCGAAUUCAAGGAGAACCACUGGAUCAAAGAGGUGGAAGGAAUGUAGUUGCAGGCAUGAUGCAUGUAAUGGUAUGGACAAUGAGAUUUUUGCCCUGGCUGCAGCGCUGGAGGUCAUAUAGGUGCACUUCUGCGGGAGGUUAGAAAUCUCUGCAUGGGGCUUGCUAAGAUGCACGCAAUGGCAUACUAACCUGCCAUUUUUAGUAAGGAUUUAGGAGUGUAUUUGGAGUCAUUUGGGUUAUUGGAUUUUAUUUUUUUAUUUUUUUUGUUUGAGGGAAUGUAAGUAAUAGAUAAUUAACUUCCUAAUCAUAUUUCUUCUCCAAAUUAAUCUUAAUUGAGUUUGUGUUCUUAAUCUCUUGGGUUUUUUUUUUUUCAAUGAUAAUUCUUUUGAAGGCAAGCAAAUUUCAAGAUGGGCCAAGCCCAAAAACAAGCACCCCAAGCCAGGAAAGCAUAGAAGGCUCUCACACGUCAGGUCAGGAAAAAUAAGAAAUAACAAGCCCGAAAUUAACAAAGAUAACCCGCACUCGAGGCCAGGUUUAAAAAAUAAAAAAUAAAAACUAAGAGAGAGAGAGAGCCCACACCCUCGGCCUAAGGACUAGACAUGAAGAGCUAUAUCAUGCACAGGGACGAGAGGAAAAGGAGCAAAAAAAAUAAAAAUAAAAAAGAAGGGAUUGCAUGCAGCUUAUAAACCGAUCCCAUGUGCUUGGUGCUAAUGAUUUUUCACAAAUACUAAGUAUUGAAAAGAGCAAGGAGCUCCUUUAAAAACUUAUAUGCUUACUCCCCAACUCAAAUGAGUCAGAUCCUGCAUAACCACAAGGGAGAAUUGAUUGUGAACUUCCAGCGUGAUUAUAUUCAAUUCAGGAAGUUAUGAUAAACCAAAUAGGAUGCUUUUAACACUCUUAUCAGAAUCGUAAUGAUGAUCAACCAAAAAAAAAAAAAAAAAAAAGAACAAAGAGCAACAAAGGAGAAGAAAAAGCAUGUACGAAGAGCAAAGACUUUAUCUAAUGUGUUAUAACCUGCUUUUGAUUCAAUGAGG